UAUUUCUUAAAGAAACUGGGGAAAAAAAGAGAGAAGAAAAGAGAAGGAAGAGCAUCUCCGAUUCCAAACAUGCGUUUGUCCAUAAUCUUAUUGCUGCUGUUCUCGAUCUUGAAAGCAGGAAUUCGAUCGACAGCGAGUGAGUUAAAGGCAGAUGGGAAGGUGUUGGAGUUGGAUGAAUCCAACUUUGACUCCGCUAUUUCCUCAUUCGAUUACAUCCUCGUCGACUUUUAUGCCCCUUGGUGCGGUCACUGCAAACGCCUUUCCCCCCGGUUAGACGAGGCAGCUCCUAUUCUUGCUGGCUUGAAGGAGCCAAUAGUGAUAGCUAAAGUUAAUGCUGACAAGUAUACCCGUCUUGCUAGUACAUAUGAUAUUGAUGGAUAUCCUACCCUAAAGUUCUUUAUGCAUGGAGUUUCUAUGGAAUAUCAUGGACCAAGGAAAGCAGACUUACUUGUUCAAUAUCUGAAGAAAUUUGUUGCUCCUGAUGUGUCUAUCCUUAGUUCUGACCCUGCCAUCAAUGAUUUUGUUGAAGCAGCUGGGACUUUCUUUCCUAUAUACAUAGGUUUUGGCUUGAAUGAGACAGUGAUAUCUAAUUUAGCCGUUAAGUACAAGAAAAAGGCAUGGUUUUCUGUGGCAAAGGAUUUCUCAGAGGAUGGCAUGGUGUUGUACGACUUUGACAAAGUUCCUUCUUUGGUAGCUCUUCAUCCAAGUUAUAAGCAACAAAGCGUUUUUUAUGGUCCAUUUGAAGAUACAUUUUUGGGGGAUUUUAUUAAACAAAAUUUGCUUCCUUUGGUGGUGCCGUUGAACCAUGAGACAUUGAAGCUUUUGAAAGACGAUGAGAGGAAAAUUGUUCUAACAAUCACAGCUGAUGAGAAUGAAGACCAAUCGCAGAACUUGAUCAAGUUAUUGAGGGCUGCUGCUUCUGCAAACCGUGAUUUGGUAUUUAGUUACGUAGGGGUUAAGCAAUGGGAAGACUUUGCUGAUAAAUUUGAGGCCAACGAGAAGACAAAGCUUCCGAAAAUGAUUGUUUGGAAUGGAGAUGAGGAGUACUUAUCAGUUGUUGGUGUUGAGAGCCUUGAUAAUGAAAAUCAGGGUUCUCAAAUCUCACGAUUCCUAGAAGGAUAUAGGGAAGGUAGAACAGAAAGGAAAACAGUUAAAGGGCCUUCAUUUAUGGACUUUAUCCAUUCACUAAUUGGCAUCAGAAGUGUCUACAUAAUUGUCUUUAUUGUUGCAAUGAUGAUGCUUGUACAAAACAUCGGGAAAGAAGACGAAUCUCAAAGGGCUAGCGGUCGUGAUGCGGUUGAUCAUGCUGAGAUCUCUGAGGCUGAAAGCAGUCAGUAUGGACCUCAGAAGAAAGAAGAUUGAAGUGAGCUAUCUUUAUCUCUAUGGUCAAUAUAAAGCAACAAAAACAUGGUGAGUCAUCUAAUAGAGGUGCAGAAGGGUGAAUGAAACCUCUUUAAGAAUGCUAUGUCGAAAUUGGUGAUCCAUACUUUCUUUACGUGCAUCUUUUAUAUGUUCAAUGAUCGCCAUUUUGUUUUAAGAAAUCAAGUUUGCUAGACAAAUACUUUGCAUUAUCGAGAUUCAUUAUCAUUUUC